GGCUCUGAUCCCACAGGAGAAGGAGGAGAAGCACCAGUGCAAGCCCAAGACGAUCCGUUGCAAUCCGUAACCAUUUUGGCUCAAGACUCAAGUCUUGGGCUUAAUGCAUUUUGCCUUGGAGCGUUAGGGCGGCUAGCCUUUGACACAAGCGAGGUGAAGCGUGUUUCCUCCCAAUGGCCGUCCUAGACUUAUCCACCUUUGGGUAUCAAGUGCAAGCUGUUGCCUGGAUGUUCUGCACCGUUAUGAUGCUGGGGCGGCAGUUGUGGGUCGAAGGCACAUGGAGAUCUUGCUUUCGCGAUUGCUCUGCUGGAUUGCUCGUGUUCUGUAAAAGGGUGGGGACAUGCUUUAUUGAGAGAGGUAGCAGUGAAGAUGCCCUUCACUUGCACAAGCGAGCCAUGAGGCGUGACAUGUCUCGACGAUGUUGCUGGAUCGCUUCUGUAGCCGCCGUCGGAUUUGUUCUCCCGCUUUCGCUGCUCACCCCCGAUGACCGUGCGCAUAUCGGUCCGAGGCGUUUGCAUUACGCCUUCUGCUCGACGAUCAUGGUGACCCUCAAUAUGUUUCCAAGGCUGAUGACCCCAUCACGACUUCACUUUUGGUAUUCUCUAAUCUGCAUUUCAAAUGCAUUGACGGUGUCACCUUUGUUGCAGGUCGCGGACUCGAUUGAUGACCUCAAGGUUCAGAUUGUGAUUGAUUGUAUUUCUUUCAGCUUUGUUGACCUGACCCUUCCUCUGAAUUUGUUUUGGUCGACAGUUUGCUAUCUAUCCGCUGCGCUCACCUUGUAUGUUGGCAAUUCAAAUGAAAGGGCUUGCGAUGACUCUGGAUCAUAUAACGACGCUUUUGGCCUUGCAGUGGGCGGCACUCUGGCAAUAGCUCUCUUCCACGUCGUAAUCUCAUAUGUAGCCCUGGCCCGUUUGGAGGGUCAAACAUACUGGAACGAGCUGCGCGCGGCAAGGUCGAUAUUAGCAGGCAUGUGCGACGCUGUGGUGCAGCUCGAUGGCGAGUUGAGGUUCACGCAGCCUUCUCACCGACUCGCCACUUUGCUAUUGCAUGAUCCGCCUCGAGCUUUGGUGGGAGAGAGGGUGUCGAAUUUUCUUGCCACGCAGGCCGAUCGCGAGAAGUUUGUUGAAGAGGUAACUUCCAUUACCGCGAAUGAGGAAUUCUGUAAGGCUUUUCACGUACAUAUGCGUUGCAAUGGUGGCAGUGCAUUGCCGCUGGAAGCAUUUUGCGUGCGUUUUAGCAGUGGUGAUGAAAAGUGGUCGUACCUAGUCGGCUUCCGGGAGUUCGCAGACCUGGCUACACCAUCUAGCAUGGCGUUGCCCUUGCCCAGUGCCCAAUUGUCGAAAAGUGCCCAGGACGGGUUGCAGUCACUCGGUAGGAAGCCCUCCGAUGCUAUCACCUCUUCAGGUAGCUCUGAGUCUGUUGCAUCCGAGAUUGCUGUUUGGAUCGACGCUCAGUCAUCAGACCUCAGAAUGCUGAGCUGCAACAGUGCCUUCGAGAUGUUUGCUGGCGCUUCUUGGUCGCAAAUGAGUGCUUGCCAACCGAGUCUUUUGCAGUGUGUUGAUCCAGGUCAGCAAGCUGAUUUUGAGUUCUGGGUCCGUCGUGUCCUCGAGAAGUCCACCAAGGACGAUUCGGCGCCCGCUGUGAGCGGGGUGCGUUUCCGCUUCAGUGAGUGUCAUCACCGUUUCCGCCUGUCCGUCGAGUGCACGCUGACAUUGAUUCUGUGUUUGCCAGGUGGCAUGGGGGCUGGGGGGCUGGACCGAGGUGCGAACGAGGUGAAGCUUGUCUUCGAGAGGCCCAGGUGGUGCCAGGGGCAGCGUUGGCGCUCGCGCGUCAGACCGCGCGGGCCCCGCCGCGCCCCUGGGCCACCAGGCGCCCCCGAGGCACGCGGUGCCGCCGCGGCAGUGGCGGCGGCCCAGGAGCUCGCCGGCAGCGCCCGGGCCCCAGUGCAGUGCCUGGGCAGAGCGGCGCAGCCAGAGGAGGCGAGCGGGCCGUGGCUGGAGGCCCCCGCGGGUGCAGGCGCAUCCGCGCCCAGGCCCAGCAGCACCUGGGGGGGUGGCGCCCGCGGCGUGGCGGCGGGCGGCGGCGGCGAACAGCACACCGGCGGUGCGGACCGCGGGGGCAGUCGCGGCAGCGGGAGCCGCGGCAGUGAGGGCCGUGCGGGGAGAGGGCGGGAGAGGCAGAGCGACGCUCUCAAUACCCUGGCGCUCUGACCCUCAGCGUCGAACGUGCAGCUUGGAUCCAGGUGUUGUGGAAGUAGUGGUGCGCGGUAGUAGUAGCAGCACCGACGGCGGACUUUUUGCAGUCUUCGACAGCUGACCGAUACCAGCUGGGGCCGUGGGCGCGCCCCUGUGAACAACAAAAACUAUCUAACGAUGUUGCAAUCAGCCCUCCCUCCAAGUUCCCUCUGCACAGGUCCCUC